GUUGUAAACUUGGCGCGCCUGUACUGCUACUCGAAGAGUGUUUUGUAGCCGGAAAAAAAAACAACAACAUUAAAUAUUUUACGCGUGUGAAUUUGAAGGUUAUGUUGAAAGUUAUACCGUUUUUAUGUAGAUUGUCAUGACGGACAUUGAAAUGGAAUAAAUCAAUUUCCGGUCUCUGAGAGAAGGCGUGAUGUGGAGAUUAGACUCUGCAGAAUCGGGGACAGGCCCAGUCUCUUUGCUUGCUGGUAAGGAGUAUGUAGUAGGCCGUAAGAACUGUGACAUCCUUCUGUCCAACGACCAGUCGAUCAGCCGUGUUCAUGCCCACAUCACUGUCACUGAGCAGGCUGUCACACUGAAGGACAGUUCCAAGUAUGGCACUUUUGUCAAUGAAAAGCGACUAGAGACUGGGACCUCCAAGACUGUCUAUGCUGGAGACAAGCUCACAUUCGGGGUUUUUCAGAGCAAGUUUAGGCUGGAACUGGAUUCUGUGGUUGUGUGUUCAUCAUGUGUUGACAAUGAAGGGAAAGCAACUCUCUCCAGGGAAGUCCAGGCUCUUGGUGGGCGUCUGGUUAACGCCUGGUCUCAGGAGUGCACUCACCUAGUCAUGCCUGCUGUUAAAGUCACCAUUAAGACGAUCUGUGCGUUACUGUGCGGUCGGCCCAUAGUGAAACCUGAAUUCUUCACCGAGCUCUCUAAGGCUGUCCAGCAGAGGGAAAACCUUCCAAAAGCAGAGAGCUUCAGGCCGGAAAUAGAUGAGCUGAGUCUCAAUAAAGACAAGGUGGACCUUGGACCCCGUCACGAGAGAAAGACCCUGUUUGCGGGCAAAACCUUUGUCUUCCUCAACACCAAACAGAUGAAACGCUUAAGUCAGGCCAUCGGUUUUGGAGGUGGAAGGAGCCAGCUUUUGGAGGAGGGCUCUCUGCCUGCAUCACUCCUAGAGUCCAGAGGAACUUGUGUUGUUGACGUGACAACGGGAUCCUCCCAACCACUCAUACCUCCUACCACCAAGAAGUGGGCAGAGUCUGUCGGCUUGAUUCUACAUAGAAAUGGUUUACGGUUCAUUGCUGAGUCAGAGAUUGGAUUGGCUGCCAUUUAUGUAAAUAAUCAGACAUACUGCAAUCCCUGCACCUCUUUGGAUUCAGUAUCUGUUAAAAUGGGGCCAGCAAUUCUUGAAGCAACGCUUUCCCAGAAUGCAGCAGUGGAUGAGACUGUACUUCAUGGAGCCUCCGUAAACAUCACUGCCUAUGUGGUUAAUACAGAGCCAUCUCAGAAUGUCGGCAGGAAGGACGUGUGCAGUGCCACAGCUGUGGGUGAGACCCCAGAAAAACGUGCUGCAAAUCUACUGCGUCCAACAACAUCUGAGAAGCCACCAAAGGCCACAGAGCCAUCAGCUGCCUGCUCUGAGCCUGUGUCAUCACUCAGCAGAGUACAAGAAGAAAAGAAGGCAAAAUCAGAGAGCCAGAAAAGUGAUGAGUGUGCUAAAUUCACAGGCUAUUUGAGCAACGGUGCCAAACUAAAAAAAUCCCCUCAGAAACAAACGUCACUCACUUCCUUCUUCAAACCUUCCAACAAAAAGAGGCUGCGUGAGGGAAGUACCGAGUCCGAACUUUCAGAGGCCAAACUCUCCAGACAAGAGGAUGAGGGAAGCAAGGAGACGAAGAAUUCUAAUCCAGCUCCUUCGCUGCAAAAAUCUGCCACCAGAUUAGGCUCGCAAACAGCCCACAACCAGCAUGGCACAACCACACGCUACGGUUUCAGUGCCAGUCUCGGUUUGGGUUCGGGUCUUGCUACAGAGUCCAGAUCAGGUGGAGCGCGACCAAAUCUGAGCCUGAAUUUAGAUUCAAAUUACAGUUCUAAGAAGAGGAAAGAGCCAGAACAGGACCCUGUAGCAUCUGCUGAUUUAGACGUUUCUCUGGAGGAGCUUGAGUCCAUCAUGUCUGAGGACAUGGAUGAACCUGUGCAGCCCACAGCUAAUAAAAAGCAGCGUUUGGAUCAAGGGGAAAGAAGCACAGCCGUUGCAGGGGAUGUUUGUAACGCUACAUUCAGCAAGCAGCAGAGAGUAGAGAAAAAGCAAAGCAUAGUCAGUACAAGCCGGAACUCGGAACAGGACAGGCAGAGUUCAGCCACUCGGGACCCGGAGAGAAAGUCACAAAUCGCAUCCAAUAAAACGCAGGAUGUGGAACAGGAACAGCACAGUUUAACACACGGAAAUGAUAGAUGUAAAACUUUAGAUGCCAAAGAAGAGGAAGUUUCUUUUCUUUUGGAAAAUAAAGGCCACCAUGGUUUCACCAAACACAGUGAGGAGGUUGCAGUGAAGGAUGAACUGAUGGACUCAAGCUCAGGCUCUGGUCCUGGGAGAGAUCCUGAGAUUCCUAGGAAGCUUUUGCAAGUCCAAUUCAAAUCCCUGACUGUGAGUGCCCCCAGCAAGACUAGGACCGAGCCACUACAGAGCCACAAUCCCAGUGGAAAGAAUUUCAAAUGCUUCCAUAAGGUCCCGGUCCCUGGGCUUCAGGGGUUACCCAAAAUCAUCGGUGGCUCUGAUCUGGUGGCGCAUAACCGCAGCAAAACCUCAGAAUUUGAGGAGUGGCUGAGGGAUGCAGCUGAGCAAGAGAAACAGCAAGAACGAGAGGAGACUCUGGGUGAUGAUCUGUUCAGGUACAAUCCAAGGACUACUAAAAGAAGAUGAAGAUUGCUCAUUUUCAGCUUUACUGAUUUGAAUGUUCCCACAAGCAGAUCCCACAGUUUUAAAAUGUUUUGGUGGUUUACAAUUACAAUAUUUUGAGCAAUUUAUUAAACUACCAUUUUGCACGUAUAUUUAGACCAUCAUGAAAGACAUGGUGUGUGAUGUUUCUACACAACUCGCAUUUGGUUAUUUUUCAUAAGCCUUCAUGUUUCACUUACAGCCAGCUUUUUCCUCAGCGCUCACCGUUAUCCAUAACAAGUAGCACCUAUUAAAAAUCAGGUAUGGCCCAAGUCCAAAAAUUGUAAUAUGAGAAAUGGCCAGUUUUUGCAGAUACUUCCUUGAACACUACAAAUACAGCAUGUGGAAUCCAUGCUGUCGAAUACCUGCCCAACUAAAUGAAUGUUUUGCAUUUGUAUUGUGGAUUAUAUUAGCAUUUUUGUGAAAUAUGUCCAUUAACAAAAAAAAACAUGAAGGCUUCCUGAAAUGCAGUAACUAAACAACACCUUAACAUAUUGCCACACAACCAGCUAUCCAUGUUGUCAAAUGAUUAAGUUGACGCUUAUAAUUAAUAAUUCCCUGAAUUUAAAUCUAACAAACAACAAAGUAUUUGAAAAGAUUUAUUUGUUACUAAUAAAGUAAUGUUUACAAAA